AUGGCAACUUUACCGCUUUGUCAGCAAGCAGCAGCUGCUUUGCUUAAUUUUAACCAGAAGUUGGACAUUAAUUUGUUGGACAGUGUGGUAGUUAGUAUGUAUGCAGGUAAUGGUGAGACACAGAAAAUAGCACAAGAGGUACUAACUACGUUAAAAGAACAUCCAGACGCAUGGACAAGAGUUGAUACGAUAUUAGAAUAUUCCAAUAACCAACAAACAAAAUAUUUUGCUUUACAAAUACUAGAACAGGUCAUCAAGACAAGAUGGAAAAUAUUACCAAGACAUCAGUGUGAAGGAAUAAAAAAGUACAUAGUAUCAUUAAUUAUUAAAACUAGCUCAGAUCCAGAAUCACUUGAGGCUAAUAAAACAUAUUUGAAUAAAUUAAAUAUGAUACUGGUUCAAGUGUUGAAGCGGGAAUGGCCCAAAAAUUGGGAGAGCUUUAUACCUGACAUUGUGGGUGCUAGUAAAACCAACGAAAGCCUAUGUCAGAAUAAUAUGAUAAUUUUAAAAUUACUUAGUGAGGAAUUGUUCGAUUUCUCAUCUGGACAAAUUACACAAACAAAAGCUAGGCAUUUAAAAGAUACAAUGUGUUCUGAGUUUUCUGCAAUCUUCCAUCUAUGUCAGUUUGUACUAGAAAAUUCACAAAAUCCUCCACUGGUUAAUGCAACACUUGAAACUCUGUUACGUUUUCUUAAUUGGAUUCCUUUGGGCUAUAUAUUUGAAACAAAAUUAAUACAUACACUUACCUUAAAGUUCCUCCCAGUUCCGAUGUUUCGAAAUGUAACAUUAAAGUGUUUGACAGAAAUUGCAGGAGUAACUGUUAGUAAUUAUAAUGAUAUGUCACUCACUUUAUUUAGUCAAACUAUGGCACAAUUAGAAGUUAUGUUACCUUUAAGUACAGAUAUUAAAACAGCAUAUUCGUGUGGUCAAGAUCAAGAACAAAAUUUUAUUCAAAACUUGGCAUUGUUUUUAUGUACAUUUUUGAAAGAACAUGCGAGCAUAGCUGAAAGUCAAGAGGCUAUAUUAAGAAAUGCACUAAAAUAUUUGGUUCUUAUUUCUGAAGUUGAUGAGGUUGAAAUCUUUAAAAUUUGUUUAGAAUAUUGGAAUAGUUUAUCUUCAGAGCUCUAUAGAGAUGCAGAACUUCAACAUAUGGUUGCCGGAGCGCCACUUUUUUAUAAUAAUCCUAGCCGCAGACUUUUAUAUCAGGAAGUGUUAAACAAAGUAAGAUACAUAAUGAUUUCUCGAAUGGCUAAACCAGAAGAAGUAUUAGUGGUUGAAAAUGACAAUGGGGAAGUUGUAAGAGAGUUUAUGAAAGAUACUGAUUCUAUUAAUUUAUAUAAGAAUAUGAGGGAGACACUUGUAUAUUUAACACAUUUGGAUUAUGCCAAUACAGAAAGAAUUAUGACUUCCAAACUACAGAAUCAAGUAGAUGGAACUGAGUGGUCUUGGAAAAAUCUUAACACUUUGUGUUGGGCUAUUGGAAGUAUAUCUGGAGCUAUGCACGAAGAAGAUGAAAAGCGAUUUUUAGUUACAGUUAUAAAAGAUUUAUUACUCCUUUGCGAACAUAAAAGAGGAAAAGAUAAUAAAGCAAUUAUUGCUUCAAAUAUUAUGUAUGUAGUGGGACAGUAUCCAAGGUUUCUAAGAGCUCAUUGGAAAUUUUUAAAGACUGUGGUCAAUAAAUUGUUUGAAUUUAUGCAUGAGACACACGAUGGUGUACAAGAUAUGGCCUGUGAUACUUUCAUUAAGAUUGCACUGAAAUGCAGGAGACAUUUUGUGAGUACACAAAUUGGUGAAUCCUGCCCUUUUAUAGAAGAUAUAUUGGCAUCUAUUUCUACUAUUAUUUGUGACUUACAACCACAGCAGAUUCAGACAUUCUAUGAAGCUGUGGGUUACAUGAUAUCUGCUCAAGUGGACCAACCUACACAAGAAGCUUUAAUUGAAAAAUACAUGCUUCUACCAAAUCAAGUUUGGGAUGACAUUAUUAGUCAAGCCAGUAAAAAUGUUGAUAUUCUUAAAGAGAUUGAGGUAGUUAAACAGCUUGCCAGCAUAUUAAAAACAAAUGUGCGUGCUUGCAAAGCAUUGAAUCAUGCAUAUGUAUUGCAGCUUGGUCGAAUUUAUUUGGAUAUGCUGAAUGUUUAUAAAGUUAUGUCAGAGAAUAUAACUGCAGCUAUAACUUUAAAUGGAGAAGCCGUUACGAAACAACCUCUGAUAAAAGCUAUGCGAGUUGUUAAAAAGGAAACUCUUAAACUUAUUGCUGAUUGGAUUUCAAAAUCAAAUGACAACACUAUGGUUUUAGAGAACUUUCUACCUCCCUUUCUAGAUGCAGUUUUGAUAGAUUACCAGCGAACUACAGUGCCUUGUGCAAGAGAACCUGAGGUACUAAGUGCUAUUGCCACAAUAGUCCAUAAGCUAGAAGGUCAUAUUACUGUGGAGAUACCUAAAAUUUUGAUGCAGUUUUUGAGUGUACCCUUGAAAAUGAUUAAUAAGGAUUUUGAAGAGUUUCCUGAACAUAGAACCAACUUUUUCUUGCUUCUUCAAGCUGUAAAUAAUCAUUGUUUUGUGGCAUUUUUAAAUAUUCCGCCAACUCAAUUUAAACUGGUACUUGACAGUAUAAUUUGGGCAUUUAAACAUACCAUGAGAAAUGUAGCCGAUACAGGUCUACAAAUUCUCUUGAAAUUGUUACAAAACGUUGAACAACAUGAGGCAGCUGCUCCUAGUUUCUAUCAGACCUACUUGACAGAUAUUUUGCAACAUGUCUUCUCCGUUGUUACUGAUACAUCUCAUACAGCCAGUUUAUCGAUGCAUGCUACUAUCUUGGCCUAUAUAUUUUCAUUGGUUGAAUCUGGCAGAGUGAACUGUCAGUUAGGUCCAAACGCUGAUAACGUUAGGUACAUUCAAGAAUUUACUGCCUCACUGCUCAGAUCUGCUUUUCCUCAUUUGACAGAUAACCAAAUCAAAAUUAUGGUCCAGGGCAUGUUCAAUUUAGAUCAGGAUAUUCCUGCAUUCAAAGAACAUUUAAGAGACUUCUUGGUACAAAUUAGGGAAUACACGGGUGAAGAUGACACUGAUCUGUUUUUGGAGGAACGUGAGAAGGCACUGGAAAGUGCCCAGGCGGAAAAGCGCAGAGUUCAACUAUCUGUACCGGGCAUCCUCAAUCCUCACGAGGUACCAGAGGAGAUGCAAGAUUAGCCUUCAACUCUCGCCCUUAACGUUAGAAAUUUGUAAAAUAAAUAAGUGACCGGACUGAUGCUGCCCAGGGCCCAUAACCCGUACUGUCGCUCUACAGGCAUUGGUUUCGUCAGUUGUUUUAAAAUCAAUAUUUUUCUAUUUGUAUCAUCUCUAACAUAAGAUUUAGUCACACCCAGUCGGAGAAGAUGUGUUUUGUGCGAAUAUAUGUCUAGCUGAAGUCGCUUUUCAUUUUUUUAUAUCUUCUUUUUUAUCAAUUUUGUUUCUAGGAUCUUGUAAAGAAUACAUGUUAAGUUAGAAAUAAAUCGUUUUUCCGAGGAAUUGGGUAUUUUUUCUUCCCUUCAGUGAUGACUGUGUGAGUGAACGUUUUUAUAAUACGCUUCCAAUUUUUGUUGAUACAUUUUCUUAUGCAUAAACCAAAUUUCAGUUAAAUCAUAUGUAUAAAUAAAAUUAUUUAACUAACUUAACAUGUUAUUUCUAUAAGGCUUAAGUUAAUAGUUAAUACAUAGUGAAACUGAUCAAAUAUAUUUUUGAGAUAUGAU